CCCACUCUCAGCAGCCCUGGCAGCAGCAGAUACUGGGACAAGGCCCUCAGACCAGCUCUGGGGCAGGCAGCCCGAGGCUGGCUGAGGGGAAUCCAAGAGGCGGCAUUUUCCUCUGGCUACACUUCAUGCCCUGGUGUGAGUGGGGCAGGAGAGGGGCGUGAGACGGGGGUGUUGGGGGAAGGGCUGCGGCUUUUAGCUCAUGGGUAGAGCCUCAUGCACUAAGCUCCGGAGGUCCCAGAUUUGAUCCCUCCUGCUGACAACUGGGGUCUGUUGGCGUGACACCUGCACCGUGGGCUGCAGUGGGGCUUGGCGCAGGGACAGCCGGGGCAGCUCAGCACCACCGUGGGGGGCCUCCGACGCUGAAGGAACUCCUGAGGAGCCUGGGAAUUGGAUUUCCUGAUGGAAAGCCAGAUUCGUGGCCUGGGGGGAGCAGGGGCCUGAGUCUUAUCUGUGUGAAGGAGAAUCUCAGCAUAAACAGCUCCCAGCGAGCUCCUGCUCUCAGACGUACUGUGGGCCGGGGAGGCUCUCCGGCCACUCACUGCUGUAGCCAAGAGCAGACCCCAGGUUGAGCCGUCAUCUCGCCCUUUCCUGCAGAGAGCCAGGCAACCUCUGCAGAUGGGUCACAUCGGCUGAAAUCUGCUCCCCGUUCCCUCACACCUGGGAAAUCCAGGCCCCGAGUUUUGGGGAAGCUCCUGUAGCUAUAGGGCCAGUGUUACCUGGGUGUAGGGCUGCAGGGAGCUUCCCACCACCUGCGAGCCAGCUCCUCUGCUGAGCAGCCAGCCUGACCUGGCCUCCCUGAGAGGCCGCUCGCCAGCGCCAGGGGCAGCACGGCUAGAGGGUGGAGCAAGGGCCUGAGCCCAGCACUGAAGCUGGUAACAGUAACUGCUGGCGUCAGUGGCUCCCGACCCCGCUGUAAGGGAGACGAUGCAACGUGAGCCUCUGAGCUGGGGCUUUCAAACAGGUGCCCAAAGAGAGGCUUUGAAAUCCUGUGGGGGCCAAGCGCCUCCAGCUUCUUUCGGCUUUGGUGGGAACUAUGGACUGACCAGCCCCUAAGAAACCUCAGGGCUUUUGUGCCUCACUUCAGAUGCACAAGUUUGGAGACUAAUGGUUGUAAUGGCCCUGUGCCUCAGUUUCCCCAUCUGCAACAUAGGGGGGGCGGUUGCACCUACAAGAGAGAAAUACAGCAACUAAGUAGUUACUGUAACAUGUGUAAAAUGCCAAAUGAGGCCAAACCAGACUCUUCCUGGGCUGGGAACCUAACCGCCCCCACAAUUUAUUCUGGCAGAUAGUCCCUUGUGAAACGUCUCCACAUGUUGACAGCUCUGCUCAGACACUGACAGGAAGCAGCUGGGCUCUGCGUCUGCCGCAGGAGACAGUGGCAGGGGGGAAUGGGACGUAAAAAUCCCCACACACCCCCGUUAGCUAGGUUAUGCCUCAGCUGUAUUCUGGUAGAUCUCACAAGCUUUUCCAACGCUUUAGGAAGAUACAAUUCCCACUCCGGUGAGCUCACAAGCAGCAAGUGAAGGGUAUGAAAUCGCUGGUAGUAGUAGUAGGCUGUUAUCCUCUGAUGAGGGCCAGCCGCUCAAGGAGGAUACGUAACAUCCCUGGCCCAGCAGGUUACACACUCACCCAGACAGAUCCAUGCUCCGCCCUUUGGUCUCUAGGUCUGUGGGGCUCCAACCCACUCUUUGCUCUGCACCGCUGCUGAGAUGGUCUCCCCAGCCAUUGCUCUGGCCUUCAUCCCCUUCCUGUUCACUCUGAUCAUCCGCUACCGGCACUACUUCCUGCUCUUCUACCGGGCGGUGCUGGUGCGCCGGCUGCAGGACUGCCUGACGGGCAUCUCUCGGGAGGAGCGGGCCUUCCAGUACGUCCUCACGCAUGCCAUCCCCGGCGACCCCCACCACAUCCUUGAGACCUUCGAUCAGUGGUGCUACCACUGUGAGUACCUCAGCAACGUGGGGCCUCACAAAGGUAAGAUCCUGGACCGCCUGAUCUAUGAGAACACGCCACUCACUGUGCUAGAGCUCGGCACAUACUGUGGUUACGCCACCAUCCUCAUGGCCCAGGGUCUGCCCAUGGGUGCCCGGCUCUACACUGUGGAGAUGGACCCACGCAAUGCCGCAGUGGCCGAGAAGGUCAUCCGCCUGGCGGGCUUCGACCAGGACACUGUGGAGCUGAUUGUGGGCGCCUCGGAGGAGGUGAUCCCACAGCUGAAGGAGAAGCACGGCCUGCUCAAGGCCGACUUUGUCUUCAUGGACCACUGGAAGCGCUGCUACCUGCGGGACCUGCAGCUGCUGGAGGCCCAUGGCCUGCUGCUCGAGGGAGCCACCAUCGUGGCCGACAAUGUGGUCUUCCCCGGUGCGCCCCACUUCUUGCAGUACGUGAAGACCUGUGGCAAGUACCAGUGCAAGAUGCACAGGACCAGCUUGGAGUACUGCCGGGACAUCCCCGACGGCAUGGCUGAACUCAUCUACACUGGCCUAGACUGAGCUCUCACGCCCAAGGUGGGGCUGCCAGGCUGGGCCUCGUCCUGCCCUGCCUGGGAUCCAGCUGGUGCUGCACCAGAGCUAAGGGGUGUCUGGGCUUGGGGGCCAUGUAGAGAUGUACAAAGGUUGUGGCUGGUGGGUGGGUGGGUGUGUGCCCACGUGCGUACAGCCUUGCCACGCUGCCCCAGAUCUGCACGUGAGCCUGUCUCUGCUCCGUGUCCAUAGGGCAGGCCUGCACAACAUACGGCCAGUGGGCGGCAUGCAGCCUGUGGAGCCU